CAGCAACAACAACAACAACAACAACAGCAGCAGCAACGACAGCAGCGCGCACGAGGGUGUUGGUCUUGGCCACUCACCUCACCACCACCACCACCAUCACCACCGCCACUCCCAUCGUUCAAGCACUGGCAGCCGGGGACGCAGAGGAACGGAGAGCAAUUGGAGUGCCGACAGCAACAGCAGCACUGGUAGUGAUGCAUUUGGGCUGAUGGCUGCUGGUGUUGGCCUGGCGCCCCUGGAUAUGUUUGAUGAAGAGGAAGAGGAUGUGCUCAUGGAAUCGCAAGACAGCAUCAGCUUCAGCCACAGCACUGAUCACAAGCACACCCAAGGCCACACGCAGCAGCGCACCGACUGCCACGACAUUGCAGAUCGCAACGCCGCAGAUGAUUGGAGCAGCAACGACAGCAGCGGCAACAGCAACAACAGCAGCAGUGGUGGAUAUGCCAACGAACUCGACAUGAUGCACGGCCCUCAACAUACAAUUGCCAUGCAAUCUCAGGCGUCGUCAUCACCAUCACUUCACCUCACGCGGCGCAAGCAGCCAUCGCCCAUGCAACGGCGCUCCCUCAGCCACAACAGCGGGAUCGGGCUCUACACCAACCACACGCCCGCUUUCCACGACAAGGUGGCAACAGCGGCAGCAAUUGCAUCAGCCGAAACGGUGGGGGCACCGACAGCAGAGGGUGCGGUGGCCGAGCGCCCGCGCAAAUUGGCGCGUGAGGUGGAUGAUGCCAAGCUGUGGCACGUUCAUCCGUCCUCACCAUUGUCGUCACUGUCAUCCUCCCUCCCAUUGCCAUCAACCCUCAGCGCUGACACGCGCCAACACCCCCACCACCACCACCACCAACAACAGCAGCCGCGCCAUGUUCACAUCGCGCAGCAGCCCACUACGGACUCGAUCAGCUCGCGUUCGUCGUUUCAACGUCACCUGCCCACGCGCAGGCCCGCCACCGUUGCUGGGGAUCGCGUGACGCAAUCAGCAGCCUGCAGCCAACCAUCCACGGGGAGUCGAGACCGUCUGCUCGCAGCAGCGCGUGGCGGUGAUGGCGGGGAAGGCGAGGGUGAAGCGAGUGAGGCAAAGGUGCUGCUGGAGUGGUUUGAGACGGCAAGCGAUUGGCACAGGCUGAUCGUUCUUCGCCAUCUGCUCGGGUUCUCUGAUGUGCGCACCAUCAAACCCGUCCUCGACUACAUCUCCUCGAGCUCCGGGAAACACACGCGCUCAAGCACUGCCUCCACAUCAGCAGUGGCAACAGCCACCGUGGGUGGUGGCCGAGGUGGUGGUGACGGCAGGGACGAGAGUGAGGCAGCCAGCAGCAGCGGCAGCAAGAUCAGCGCUGCGGGAGGCAUUGCCAGAAGCAAGAGCCGCACAAACGUGAGCAUUGUUGGGGCGGGUGGCGAAAAGAUGGACAUUAUCGCCAAGCUGCCGUCUCCGCUUGCAAAGUUCAUUCUCAGCCAGCUCGACUUCAACACGCUGACGCGCGCGUCCCGCGUCUCCCCGACGUGGCGCGCUCUCUCCAAACAAGUCAUGGCAGACCAGGUUCACAGCCAGGAUGCGCGGGAUUUGUUGAUGGACAUGCACAAGUCGUCAGCAGGCAGCCGCCACCCGGUUGCCGUUGAGAUUCCGUACGCGACAGAGGACGGUCUGAAGAUGCUUCAACUCACGGAGCAGAACGUCUUCUGUGGACCUUCGAGCGUCAUCAUGUGCGAUGGCAUGGACGACACGCGCGUGGUUGGGUAUGCCGGCGGUGACAUUGCUGUGACGGGGUCUGCCGACAAGCUGCUUCGGUUCUACGACAUCCACACCGGGUUUGUCGUGGCCAAGGUCUCUGGGCACGCGGGCAGCAUUCGCAGCGUGGCUGUCAGCCCAACCUUCAACAUUGUCCUCUCCGGCAGCUACGACUCCUCUGCGCGGGUGUGGGACUUGACCACGCGUAAGUGCCUGGGCAUCCUACGCGGGCACAAGUCGACGGUGACGGCCGUGCACGUGGACGACGACAGCGGGACAGCGGCCACGGGCUCACGGGACCGCCGGUUUAUUGUGUGGGACGCGCCGUCACGCCAGAUGCUCAAGAGCAUGGCCACCGCAAGCAGCGUCACCAGCGUGUACGCAGGCUGCGGGUAUGCGUGCUGUGGCAUGCAGGAGGGCGAGGUGUUGGUGGUGCACGUGGACACGCACCGGAAGGUGAAGAGCCUCAAGGCGCACGAUGGUGUUGUGCACGCGGUUGCUGUCGACGCGUACUUCUUUGUCAGCGGCGGCGAGGACGGCAUUGCGCACCUGUGGAGCCUGCAGCCCUGCACAUCGGAGCCCGUCACGUCCUUUCGCCACGUGUCGGCAGUCACCUCCGCGCACAUGAUGCAGUGCCGCACCAUCACGGGGUGCGACGAUGGCAAGAUUCGCAUCUGGAACAACCUUGACGGCUCGUGCAUCAAGAUCUUCCGGGGCAACUCCGCCAGCAGGCCCGUUCGCCACCUGUGCCUGCACGGUGGGACAACCAUGGUGGUGAACACAACCACCACCAUGCACUUUCAGCUGUUUGCCUCCAGCAGCGAUGAAGAGGAUGAGGACGCGGAUGCCGAGGGUCACGGUGAGGGUGUCGGUUUACACGGGCGGAACAGUCGGCCUUCGUCUCGUCACAGCAGCGCGCGUCGCAAGAAGAGCACGGAUGUGUCAUCGCGACCAGUGUCGCGCGGUGGCCGCAGCAGCCGCGGCAGCGCCAGCAGGCCAGGGACGGCGCGUGCCGAGAGCGCGCUUGUCCGCCAGCGGUCGCGGCCAACUACAGCGGCAUCCCGACCAGGAUCACGUGCAGCAUCCCGACCAGGAUCACAUGCAGCUUCCCGACCAGGAUCACGUGCAGCUUCGAGGCAAGGGUCACGACGGCAACGCAGUGCUCGCGAGGGGAGCAGACGAGAUGGCGCAACAUCGCCUGCGGAUGGGGCCAUCGGUGGCAGAAGCACGUCACCAAACGCGUGGGUUGAGAGGCGGCAGCGGCCGAGUCAGUCUGACAUUCCACUGCCAAGCAUUUUACAGGAGACGUUGCUUGCAGGCAUGCGGCCAGCACACGUGCGCCCGCCCUCACGCGACCCCAGCAACAGCGCGUCGUGGCUCAUGUCAUCACCAAUGGUGACCAACGGCGCCAACAGCAGCAGCGGCAAUGGCAGCACUGGCAGGAGAAGGAGCGGUCGCGUCGUUGUUGGUGCUGACCCUGCCAGUAUCGAUGCCAGCUUGCACCGUGGUGCCCUGCACCGAUCACCGUCGCCACAGCGACCCCCACACGCGAGGCACGGCCACAGCACCAGCCCCUCAACAGGGCGCAGCACCCCUGCGCACAGCAGAGACCACCAGCACCACGGCGGCGUUGUUGGCCACCACGUGAGGUUUGCACACCGGCCUAAGCGCUCCGUCUCCGUUGGGGACUUCCACCACGCCGACCCCGCAUGCUCUGGGAGCGGUGAUGGCGGCGGUGAUGGGGAUAUGCGCCGGUCGGUGGAGCUGAGCGAAUCGCUGCAACGCAUGCGGUUUGGGCGGCAGUUCCCAGGGCAGUGGCGCACGUUGAUGAAGGUGCCGGAGCUCGCUGCAAGCUUGCACGCAACCACAUGACGCACUGCGAGGAUGUGGCGUGAUGAUGUCGUUCGGGAAUGUGAUGAGAUGAGAUGUGUUGAGAGGGUGUAGUGAUUUGGUGUGACAUGUGACAUGCGACGCAAUGGCAUGCUCACGGAUGUGGUUUGAGGAUGCGAUGAGAAGAGCUGUGUUGGGAUGCGACAGCUUGCUUGCCCUUGCACACGUGCUAAGCUGGUUGAUGGUGAUGUGUAUGGUCGAGAGGCUGAGAGGGUGUAUGUUCCGGCCUUGCUUGCUCUCUUGCUGACCUACUUGCUGACUUGCUGACUUGCUGACUUGCUGACUUGAUUGCGAUGUUGAUUCCGCCCAUCUUGUUGAUUGCAUGUACCUUGGGCUGCUUCUUGCUUGGUCACAUCACAUCACACACUUCUUCUUGCUUGUUUGUAUCCCUGUCAAUCAACACAUGUCGUCACGUUGCUCAGCCGGUCAAACGUCACACCAGCAAAAGCCACA